ACUUAAGUCAGUUAGGUGUAAGUACGCUUUUAGCCUUUCUGAUCCUGCUGGCUUUUUAUCAAUUUUAUGCAUGAUUUUGAUGGCGUCCUGUGAAUUUUGUUUCCAUAAUCCUGAAAGCCGUAAAAACUAAUAGCUAAAUAUCGCAUUUGUUUAUUUAUUCCCUAGCAGGGUCUAGCUGCAUGUGCAGUCCUAGAGUCCCCCCUCCAAAUGCUGAUGUUAUAAGCCAUAAGCGAUUACUUUUGACAAUUUUUCAGUAGACAUAUUUUCCUGUUUAUUACAGUACUCAGAGUACUCUGUCAUUGGAAUGAUAGCGUACGUUAUCCUCGAGUAGCUAAUUGACAAUAUCGCAUUCUUUUCCUGAUGAUAAGGAACGGGUAAUGGCGCAUUAAGGCUGUGAGAGCACCAGAAUGUGGCCAUCAGUUUUCUAAUGCGCCGUGUGAUUCGUCAUAAGCAGUCUUCUGUGGAGUUGCCUGGCCCAUUUGCAGUGCUUUCUCAGCUUGAUGGUGCAUUUUUGUCAACGGAUUGUGCAUAUUGCUGAUUGCUUGCAGUCUGUGACACACUCUGCGCACAACUUUCAUGAUCCCUCUGUGCAAACUGCAUCUGCAAGCCUAAGUUAAAGUCUCUCACGGUCUGUGUGGAUUGCUGAUGCGGGGUUCCCCACGCUGCCAUCCCCACAAUUCUUGAUCAAUGGCCAACCUGGCGUUCCACUGUCGUGACUGCCAGUUAGACUUCGACUCUCGCUUCCCGGAUGGCAGCUGCCCGGAAUGCUACAGUGCGGACGCUGUGGAGAAGCGUCCCGUCGUUGCUCAGGGAAAUCCUGCGCAGCCCAUCGGCGCUCCUGGAACACGACCGUCAUCAGCUGCUCCCGUUCCAAGGCAGCCCGAUAUUCCCCCGACAAUCUUCCCGAAUGUGCCACGUCCCAGUAUCCGUCCCCCCACGGGAAUGGGUCUUGGUAGUGCUCCCGCGCGGUUUCCCCCAGCUCCUCGCGGUCCCCCAGCAGCGCCUCGUGUCAAGGCUCCGAAAGCUUCGCGAAUGCGCGCCCCGGGAGCGGUGCCCGGGCCGUUGCCGUCGCGGGUGUUCGUGAACAGUGUGGUGGCGCCGGCCCCCGGUAUGCUGCAGCAGGAUCCGGCGUUAGGGGGCGCGCGUGUACUGGCCAAACAGCUUCUGGACACCGCAGUGCUAGGCACAGGCCGACCCGACGCCGUGGCGCAGUUCUUCACGGCCACCGAUCAGCUGGGCGCGGAGGUGCUGGCCACGUUGACGGUGUGCAGCAAUCCCAUUACGCUGACGGCGUACGCCAACCUCCUCCAAAAUGCCGCACAGAUUAUGGAUACCAUCAAACAGCAAGCGGAAGAAAGACUGAAAGCGCUGAAUAUGAACGUGACGCUACACGAAGCCGCGUUCGGACGGAAACCCGCCCAGAACCUCCCGAACUAUCCAUCCAGCAGCGGUGCCCAUUUCCCCCAUCCGCAACUAAUCACCACGACGUUGAUGGUGAAGAAGCUGCCGCCGCACGCCAAAGAGCACCAUCUGUACGGGUACUUUGUGCAGUUCUGCACGCCCGUCUCCGCCAUCCAGACCAUCCGUAUCGCCCGCAACCGCCAGACACGCGAAUGCCGCGGCUUCGCCGUGAUGGAGUUCGCCGGGGCGGACGCGGUGCAGCGCAUCUGCAGCCGCAAAGUGCACGCCAUCCACAUGCCGGGCGCGCCGGACGGGAGCGGGGUGUGGGUGUACUCGGUGCAGGUGGAACCGUUCGAUCGGACGGUGCAGCAGAAGAAAGCCCUGAAGAAUCUCGAGUACGCAUUGUUCGUCCGCGGUCUGUCGUCGUUUAUGCAGGAAGACGACUUCUCACGGCUGGUAUCGGAAAAGUACGGACGAGUAAAAGACCUGUUCUUCCAAGCGGAUUAUUCCUCUCCGAGCACGAAGAAUGCCUACGCCAAGAUCACCUUCGAAGAUCCGGAAAUGAACCGGCAGUUACUCGACCUGGGGACCAUCGAGAUUAACGGGCGACAGUUGCAAUGUCAGCCAUGCGCCGAUCCUCGAAAACAUGGGAAACCGGCGGCAUCGGGGAGAAACACGGCGCAGAGCGAUCGCAUCGAGGAACCGGAUACGGCGGGGAACAAGCCAGUGGCGGAUGAUGAUGACCGGGGCAAAUGCAUUGUGUGCUCGGAUGAGGAUAUCCGCAUCCUCUUCAUCCCCUGUAACCACAUCUGCGUGUGCCAGGCCUGCUCGGAGAACAUGGAGGAAUGCCCGUACUGCCGCGAACCGAUCACACAGAAAAAUGUCGUCUACGUCGUGCAAUAACUGUCAUACGACUGUAAAUGGAGUUUACUCAGAUUGUGCGAUCUUGCAUGCUUUUUGUGUAUUGUAUUGUAGUAAAGUAUGCUGUCAUGGCUAAUGUUCACUAAAUUCCUUUUAUUUUUUUCUGUUUGUUUUACUGCUUUUGUAAUUUUCCAGUUACUGCCUUACCUGUAAUAGCUUAAUUAGCUUUCGAAUUGUUUUAUGAAUGCCUGUAUUACGUGCCUGUUUGUACAGCGGUGAAGUUGUGUAAAAUACAUUUAUCAAAA